GCGAGGGAGCGAGCCGGGUGGCGGCGCGGCCGGCCGUCACCGACGGGGCUGCCCGCAGGAGACGCUGCCGACGGGCGAAGCCGGGCUGCCCGCGCCGGGGAGGGGUCGCGGGGGCCCUCCGAGGUCGUUCUGCCUGGGGCCUCCGGCCGGUUCACAGGUCCCGGAAGCUAGCGCUGGGGGAAGGGGCCUUACGUCCUCUGAGAGCCCCUGUUCUCACCCGGGAAGCGGGAUGCUGAUGCCGGUGUCGCUGGGCUCUUGUGACUUAAGGAAUGAACGAACGUGAAGUGGUUGCCCAGAGCCCCGCCGCUGUGGAGGAGAUUCUAGACCGGGAGAAUAAGCGGAUGGCCGACAGCUUGGCUUCCAAGGUCACCAGGCUCAAAUCGCUGGCCCUGGACAUCGACAGGGACGCAGAAGACCAGAACCGCUACCUGGACAGCAUGGACUCGGAUUUCACAAGCAUGACAGGCCUGCUCACGGGGAGCGUGAAGCGCUUUUCCACAAUGGCACGGUCUGGGCGAGACAACCGGAAGCUUCUCUGUGGUAUGGCCGUGGGCCUGAUCGUGGCCUUUUUCAUUCUCUCCUAUCUCCUGUCAAGGGCAAGGACUUGAGCCACUAGGAGCUGACUUCUGUGGGUGCCUGGGGCAACCUGGGUCUUCCCCUGCCUGGUGUCCUAGGCUCCAGAGGACCUACCUGCAAAAUACUCCUUUGAAAUGAUGAUCGUGGCUUAGGGAUUUUCUUCCUGUCUGAUGCGUUCAUGGCUGCCUCUGAUCGAGUGAGCUCAUAUUGGCUGGUCCCAUGUGUGUAAGGGUCUCUUUCCCUUGAGGGAAACCAAGGCCCAGGCCCCUGUGCUACUCUGGGUACUAAAGGCUCUGGCAGAGCCAGGUGUGAGCAGAGCCUCUGGAAAUCCUGGACAUGGCUACCUGUGGCCCGCAGCCCUUCCCUUGUCCCUUGGGGCUCUGACGUCUUAAGGCUCUGCCCUAUCCGUGUCUCUGGGUAAGGCCACAUCUGAUGCCUGAGGUGCCUGGAGCUGACACCGGAAGGGGGUUUGGCUGUGAAGUUGGAGCACCAUCUCCUCAGCUCAGAGAUUGCAGCUACCCUUGGCUAGGGCUGCUGAGUAUGGGCAGAUCAGCCUCGCCUGCCCUCCAGACCCUCGGGGAAGGGCAGGGUAUUGUGGAUGAAGAAGUAAGUGGACCACAGCCUUGGCUGGAGCCAUUGGGCCCUGAUCCUUUUGGAUCUCCCAGUCUUGUAUCCAGGAGCAGAAACUCCCAUUUUCUCAGGAUUCAAGAUCGAGCCAACACCAAAGAUGUGUUUCUGGGGGACCAGACCUCUAGAAGCAGUUCCAUCUGGCGUUUCAGAGUCAGGCAGAAUGUGUGUUGGGGAGGCGCCUUCUGUGGUUUGAGACAGGAGGCUUCCCUACAAGGACUCUCCUCGUGGGACCGUGGGUCACUUCUUGAGGGUCACCAGGCAGCUUCUGCUCCACCACGUGAGGCCCUUCAGCAGUGAGCUCCCUCACUAAGGGCACUCUCAGUCGUCCCCUCAACCCCAGCCUCUGCGGGCUGCCCUCCAUGCCCGCCUCUCCCUGGGCCCUCACUGCCCACUUGGCCAGCCCCAUGUUCACACAAACCAAAGCACAGGCCCACCUGAGCCAGUGGCUUCUCACCCCAUGGUGAGGUGUCGGCACCCUCAUUGUGCAUAAAUACGUGUAAGAAACAGUUCAUCAUCUGUGUCCUUCCCUACCCUUGUUCCUGUCUUCUGCCAGUGCAGUCACUCGCGCUUACCCCCAGAGGACUGUCGGCUCUGCCCCACACCGUGUGCUGUGCAGGCCCCUGGUGUGACUCUCACACGCUGACCGCACCUCUGCUCCGGUCUCUGACUCUGGCCACCUCACCUUCAGCACUGCUGCUGCUCCCUAUUCUCCCUUCUGUGUCCCUUGUCUGUCCAGCAGGCCCGGCCCCUCCUCACAUUGUCACCAUAGUACUCUUCUCGCAUUGGACCUGCUGGGUUGCUCAGCCUCCUGGAGGAGGGGGACCCUACCUUCCUACUUCUGAGUGCUAUGUUCUGACUUGCCCCUAUCCCUCCAGAGGCUAGUUUUUCAUCCAGGGAGAUCAGCUUACCUGCCUCCCUGUCUGUGGGGCUUUGGUAUUUCCCCUGACUCCUUGACAUUCCUUUUCAGGCCCCCAUGGUCCUGCCUCCCUCCCCAGUCCCCACGCACUGUGGCUUUGAGUUAGCCAUCUCAUGUUAAAUCUUAUGAUGGGGGGGCAUGUCCACUGGUCACCAAGCUUACUAGACCUGUGUAGUGUCUCCGUCUGGUGGCAUAUUGCAGAUGGACCCAUACCCUGCAUCCUGCCUGGGCCUAUGGUGCUGACCUCUUCCUGAGAACAUGGCUCAGUUGUGGGAGCCGCACCACACUACAGAUUCGAUGCAGGCUGGUUUAGAUUUUGUGUUUCGGGUAGUCUUGAUGAGUGCUUUCUGCUGUCCCCCUGAGACCUCAAGCUGCAAUGGUCUCUCCUAAAGCCCCCAUCUCUGCCUCCCCGCCUCCACUUCCAUAGCUCUUUGUGGCCCUUCCAGCUAUUUUGGGGUCUGGGUUUUAGUUCCUUUCUGGUUUACCAUUUUGUUUCUCAUUGCACUGGGAUGGAUUCCAUGAUGGGGGCAUGUCAGCUCUGCUGCCGACCUGUCAGAGCCUUUGCCCUCCUCCUGCCUCGCCUCGGGCGCUCAGCACCUACCCCUGGCGUAAGUGCGGUUUGCUGACGUUGGUCCCUGAAACCACCAAAACGAAAAGGACCUGCGGACCCGACCUGUGCCAAGUGAGGACAUUCUGCCAAGCUUUAUCCCACAAUUCAAGAACAAGGCAUUUAGCAAUAAAGAUUUGGAAUAAACAGCUUCAUGACGAAGUGAA